GCACUUCUUCUGUUUUCAGGUGAGUCUGGUUUGGGGAAGUCCACUCUGAUCAACAGUUUGUUCCUCACUGAUCUCUACCCAGAGAGGAUCAUUCCUGGUGCUGCAGAGAAGAUUGAGCGCACGGUGCAGAUCGAGGCCUCGACGGUGGAGAUCGAGGAGCGUGGAGUGAAGCUGCGUCUCACUGUGGUCGACACACCUGGAUACGGUGAUGCCAUCAACAGCCAGGACUGUUUUAACACCAUUAUUGCCUACAUCGAUGACCAGUUUGAGCGCUACCUGCAUGAUGAGAGUGGACUCAACCGCAGGCACAUUGUGGACAACCGUGUGCACUGCUGCUUCUACUUCAUUUCCCCUCUGGGUCACGGGCUGAAGCCUCUAGAUGUCCAAUUCAUGAAGGCCAUUCACAACAAAGUGAAUGUCGUUCCUGUUAUUGCUAAAGCAGAUACGCUGACACUGAGGGAGAGAGAGAGACUCAAGCGCAGAAUUCUGGAUGAAAUCGAUGAGCAUGGCAUCAAGAUCUAUCACCUCCCUGAUGCCGAGUCUGAUGAGGAUGAAGAUUUCAAAGAGCAGACCCGGAUUCUCAAGGCCAGCAUACCGUUCGCCGUAGUGGGAUCCAACCAGCAGAUUGAGGCUAAGGGGAAGAAAGUGAGAGGGCGUUUGUACCCAUGGGGUGUGGUGGAGGUAGAAAACCCAGAACACAACGACUUCCUCAAACUUCGCACCAUGCUAAUCACCCACAUGCAGGACCUGCAGGAAGUUACUCAGGACCUUCACUACGAGAACUUCCGCUCGGAGCGCCUCAAACGGGGCGGCAGGUUGUCCUCCCAUGGUUAUAUUCUGCCUCUGUCGCCUGUGAAGGCUCCGGAGCCAGAGGAAAUGGACAAGGAUAUAAUCUUGCAGGAGAAGGAGGCUGAGCUGAAGCGAAUGCAGGAGAUGAUUGCUAAGAUGCAGGCGCAGAUGCAGAAACAGGGAGACGGAGAUGGAGAAAGCCCACACCUGUGAGAAACACGGUAAGAGCUCAUUACAAACAUAAAUUAAAACCCCAGAUCAACACAACCAAGUCUGUGGUCACAGUAUAGUGACCCGACUCGUUAAGUAUAAGCAGUUCUGCCAUCUGAGCUGGUCUUCAGCAUGUGAUGUUUUCUUUAAUAAUAUUGCCACAAUAGUGUGAUCAAUUCAGUGACCAUGAAAUGCCAAUAAAGAAGGAACAAUCCUUUCGUGUUUUCAUUUUAUUUUCUGCCCACAAAAAUUGAAGCAGGGUAAAAUUAAGAAUUAAUAAAAGUCAAACAAAAUGCCAAGGCAUUUUAAAUAUGGGGGCACAAAACAC